CAAUUAUUUUAGUUAGUUGCUAUUAACAAAAUUAGAUAAUUUAUUUAAAAAAGAAAAAAGAAAAGAAACUUUUACUUAGUUAGGUUAGGUAUUGUCAUUAGCGGGAGAAAUCUUAAACCCUAAAACUUUUCUAUGUAAAUUUUCCCAGAAAAUUUCAACCAUACAAGAAAAAUUCAUAGAACUAUUAAUCGAUAUUCAAUACAUACAUUUACUUAAUUCACUUCUGGUUCUUCCAAUUUUCAAGCUACUCAAUCCAUCAAAACCAUGGAAGAAGAAGAUGAAGUAAACGAAAGUUUCCCUCUUUUUAAACACUCCAAUAACCCUGAACCUCUCUCCAAACCCAAACCUACCGCCGCCGAUUCCAAUCCAGAGCCACACUUCGAGAGGUCCACAGACGCCGAUCCAAGUCCCACCACCACAACUUUCAAGAACCUCGGACUCACAGAAUGGGCAGUGGAGACCUGCAAAGAACUCGGGAUGAAGAAACCCACGCCGGUCCAAGCUCACUGCAUUCCCAAAAUCCUCGCCGGAAGGGAUGUGUUGGGAUUGGCCCAGACCGGUAGUGGAAAGACGGCGGCUUUCGCUCUACCGAUUAUGCAUCGGCUGACGGCGGAUCCUUAUGGGGUUUUCGCGCUUGUGGUGACUCCGACGAGGGAGUUGGCGUUUCAGUUGGCUGAGCAGUUUAGGGCAUUGGGUUCGGCUGUACACUUGCGUUGUGCUGUUAUUGUUGGUGGAGAAGAUAUGCUUACUCAGAUGAAGAAAUUGGUUGAAAGGCCUCAUGUGGUUAUUGCUACUCCUGGUAGACUUAAGGUCUUGCUUGAGAAUUCUGAGAUUCCUCCGGUCUUCUCUAAUACUAAGUUUCUGGUUUUGGAUGAAGCAGAUAGAGUAUUAGAUGUUGGGUUUGAAGAGGAGUUAAGAAUGGUGUUUCAGUGCAUCCCAAAGAAACGCCAAACUUUGUUGUUCUCUGCAACAAUGACUGAAAACCUUCAGGCACUACUGGAGGUUUCUCCAAAUAAGGCAUACUUUUAUGAAGAAUAUCAAGGGUUUAAGACAGUUGAUACUCUUAAGCAGCAGUAUCUUCUUGUACCGAAUGAUGUCAAGGAUGUUUAUCUGGUUCAUAUUCUGUCUAAAAUGGAAGAUAUGGGUGUUCGGUCUGCCAUGAUAUUUGUCUCAACUUGCAGAACUUGUCAUCAAUUGAGUUUAUUACUCGAGCAUCUUGAUCAAACAGCUGUGGCAAUGCAUUCAUUCAAUUCACAGCCCCUCAGGCUCACUGCGUUAAACCGCUUCAAAUCUGGAAAGGUUCCCGUAUUGCUUGCAACUGAUGUUGCCAGUCGUGGUUUGGAUAUUCCAACAGUUGAUCUUGUUAUCAACUAUGAUAUUCCAAGGUUUCCAAGAGAUUACAUUCACCGUGUUGGACGUACAGCAAGGGCAGGCAGAGGAGGGUUGGCUAUCAGCUUUGUUUCCCAAACUGAUGUAGACCUUGUUCACGAAAUAGAAGCUGUUAUCGGGAAACAAUUAGAAGAAUUUCAAUGCAAAGAACACGAGGUGCUUUCCGACAUAAGAAAGAUUUACAGUGCCAGGCGAGUGGCGAUAAUGAAAAUGAGGGACGAUGGCUUUGAAGAGAAAGCCAAAGAACGGAAAAAACAGAAGCGAAAGACACUAGCAGAGAAAGGAUUAUUAGACAAGAGAAGUAGAAAGAGAAAAAGGCAAAAAAGAACAGCUGAAGCUGAAAUUGAAGUUGAAGCUGAGCAAACAGAAUAGAUUUUCUUUACAGUGCCUCUGUCAUGUCAUCAAGUAUAAUUUUUGUUUAGCUGGUUUUGAUCAGCAAAGAGAUCAGAGAAAAAAGAAUAGAUUUUAUUUACCAUUUUUCUUUGAAAAUUGCAUUGUAUUAUUAACCAAAGUCAUCAAUUUUAGUAUAUUCUUUAAAUUUAACUUCUUUCAGAUUA